AUGGUUCAAUUGCAGAAUCAGUUUCUUGAAAAUUCUCCGUUCGCCGGCGACGGUUUCAUGGUUGCUGAAGACUUGCCGAAACCCGACGUCCAAAUCAUCACCUCUGGUGGCCUGAGUAUCCCGGCGCACUCUAGAAUCCUGGCUUCGGCAUCGCCGGUGGUGGAGCGAUUGAUAGCACGGCCGCAAAAGCGCCGGAGCUCUGAUCGGAAAAUUUCUAUUCUCGGUGUUCCAUACGACGCCGUUACUGUGUUCGUUCAAUUUCUUUAUUCCUCCAAGUGUGAUGAGGAGCACAUGGAGAAGUAUGCAAUUCACUUGCUGGCAUUGUCACAUGUAUAUUUUGUACCACAUCUAAAGAAGAAAUGUACAAGGGGUUUAGCCGAGCGGUUGACUAUCGAAAAUGUUGUCGAUGUACUCCAGCUUGCUCGACUCUGUGACGCACCUGAUCUUUACCUCAAGUGCUUGAAAUUGUUGUCGAAUAAUUUCAAUGCUGUUGAGGAGACUGAAGGAUGGAAGUUUUUGCAAAAUCACGAUCCAUGGCUCGAACUCGAAAUUUUACAAUUCAUGGAUGAAUCAGAAUCAGUACAAGGAAAAAGAAGUAAGAAGAGGGUUAACGGAGGGUGUUUGCGUUGUCAGCGAAUGUGGCAGCGCAGUCGAGUGCACUCUUCGAUUGGUGACCAAGCGGAUGAGUGUAGAGUCCCUAUGUGCAGACAAUUCAAAUUGAAGGUCCAACAAGAUAGAAAACGAGACAGUGCAAAGUGGAGAUUACUUGUGAGAAAGGUCGUCUCGGCCAAGACCGUGUCUUCCUUGUCUCUUGUCAAGAGGAAAAGAGAAGAGGGGCCAAGAGUGAAUACAAACUAUUACGGAAUGAGAAGCUUCGAACAAUAG